CAGCAUUCGCCCAGAAGACUAGCGCCGUGUUGCUGUUCGCACCCCAGUUCCGAGAUCUGCUUGUAUAUCGGUGUCUUAAAGUGCAUAUUCUUCUUCCUAAAUUCUUAAGCAGCUCGUUUAAAGAUGUUGGCGUGCACCGAAAUGAUCACGAUGUGUCUCCAGUCGGCGAAGCGCGAGCAUCUCCGCUCCAAACAGCAGCAGCAGCAGCAGCAGCAUCAGAUGCAGGAUGCGGUUCACGGACUGCCCAUCUUUCACGAUAUUUUCCGUCGAGCUGACAAAAACGAUGACGGGAAGCUGUCCUUCGAGGAGUUCAAAGCGUAUUUUGCAGAUGGGAUACUGACAACUGAUGAGCUGCGGGAGCUGUUCUACUCCAUCGAUGGACGGCAGACAAAUAACCUCGAUACAGACAAACUAUCAGAUUACUUUUCCCAGCAUCUUGGGGAAUACCUGGAUGUUCUGUCAGCGUUAGAGAAACUCAAUGUCGCUGUCCUAAAGGCGAUGGACAAGACAAAGGAGGAGUACCAGGGUUCCUCGGUUCUGGGGCAGUUUGUGACCCGUUUCAUGUUGAGGGAGACGUCCAGUCAGCUGCUGUCACUCCAGAUGUCUCUGCAGUGUGCAAUGGAUGCUGUGGAGGCGCAGAGCAGCACCACUCCGGUUGAAGUUAAAGUCCCGGAGCAUCUGAUCAUACAGAAGAACAACAGAAGAUGUGGCCGUCGAGUGCAGAAGAACAUGUGUCUGUCCCCGACUGAUCCGUACUCGGGCAUUCUCACUACCGGCGUUACCGUAGAUACAGAUGAGCACUGGUGCUCUCAGAUCAACAGACUGCAGCAGCUCAUCGACAAACUGGAGUGUCAGAGUCCAAAGUUGGAGCCGCUGAAAGAAGAUACACUGGCCAGCACGUACAAGUCGAACAUUCUGCUGGUGCAGAGACAGAUGAGCGUGACAGAGAAUGAUCUCGAGGAGUUCCAGAAGGCUCUGAAGACCUACGCCGACACCACCGCCAAUCAGAACGACAACCUCCAUGUUUCCAUCCAGAAGCUUCCCGAGAAGAGCUGCUACAUCAUCUAUGAGUUCUGGCAGGACCGUAUUUCCUGGAUGAGUUAUUUGCAGUCUGACACCAGUAAGAUGUUCCAGCGCUGCAUCAUAGACAUGCUGGAGGAUCCAGAGAUCGUCUCCACGAUGCUCAUGCCAGCGUCCUGGUGGAUCAUGACAAACAACUAACAGCAGCAAGAAAACACCCUUCACCGCCCACCGCUGAACCCCGAUCUGAAACAUCACCCCAGUGUGUCUUUGAAUUAAUAACUAGACCUAAAAAAAAAUCAGAUGAAUCAUCUGUACGCGUGACACACACACACACACCGUUUUUGUGUUGCAUUUUAUAGAGUAACAUCUGAUGUCCGAUAGUUCACUGAAAACAAAACACGUUACACAGGGUUGUGCAUCAUUCAGAACUGAAUUCAGAUGCUUUUACAUUCCAGUUCAAUUUUCUUUUAAAUUUGAAUUAAAUUUGCAAACAGGCAGCAGAAAUGUUUACAUUCAGAGAACAUUUAAAGAAAUUCAU